AUGCGCUCCCCACGUUGGGUGGUGCGGGCAGUGGCGGCAGCAGCGUGCGUGUUGGGCGUGUGGGGCGCUGGGCUGAGGAGCAACGUGUACCCGGGAAACGUAAGCCUUGAUGCCCUUGGGAGUGAGUCCUUACUGCAAGUUAUCAAAUAUUUGGUGGAAAGGUUUCUAAUAGGUUGUGACAUCAUGGUGCUCUUCGAUGAGGGAAGCGGCACGGCGGAGGCGAAGGCGGAGGCGCUGCUCAAACUCGGCUUGCCUGUGGUGGUGGUGAGCCUGAGAGGCGAUGGCGACAGCGGACCCUUGGAGAUUCCUGCCGACAGUCAGUUCCCCGGCGCCAGUGACUGUCCGGCUUACUUCAUCUUCGCAGACAAAGCCAAAUCCCUCCGCUCGUUAGUCGAGUCAGCUGAUUUCUAUUCACAGCUUCAUUACCUGGGUCGCUUCAUUUUCGUGACGGAGUCUGCCAUGGGAGCGCCGCGACUCAUCCUUGACAAUCCGGUCAUGGCGUGGCGGCCUCACGCCCUCGUCAUUACAGAGUCUGGGGGAGUCAGGCGGAGUUCGAGCUACGAUGUGUGGAGUCACGAGGUGUUUCGGGAUGACGUGCCUGAGCGGGUUCAUCGGGUGGAAAAGUGGCGGCGUGGCGCUGCGCAGCUCGGCGCCCAUCUCUUCCCCAAUAAAUUAGGAAACUUCCACGGCAACGUACUUCGGGCGGUAACGUUUGAACACGCGCCAUCCAUCGUGGAGGUGGAGGGCCACUCUGCCGGUCACCAUUAUGAUGGGAUCGACAUUCGUCUGCUCCACAUUCUGGCCGAUGCCCUCAACUUUCGCCUGAAGAUCGUGAAUCCUUCGGACGGAGGGAAGUGGGGCUCGCCGCUCGACAACGGCAGCUGGACGGGCCUCACCGGUGACCUGACACAGCGCCGCGCACACAUGGGCGUCGCCAAUCUCUUCAUCCACAUCCACUACUUGGAGGUCGUGGACAUGACGGUGCCGUACGACAUGGAGUUCGGCUGCUUCAUCACUCCUCUACCAGAGCCUCUGCCGCAGUGGGUGGCUCUCUCCUACCCCUUCAGUCUGCAGGUGUGGAUCCUGACGAUGGUGUUCCUGCCGGUGGGGACAACGCUCCUUUACGUGGCCUCGGUUGCCGCGCGUUUCCUGCUACACGACGAGACCUGGGAUGGCAGCUUUUCGCGCACGGUUUUCUAUGCCCUCGGAGUCUUCCUGAGCGUCGGGAUGCCUCAGGUGCCGCGGAGCAAUGCCACGCGGGGUUACUUCAUCAUGUGGGUGUGGUACGGGGUGCUGCUCACUGCUGUGUACCGCUCCUCCCUCACCGCCUUCCUCACCAUUCCUCUCACCCAGACGCCAAUCGACACGCUACACCAGCUGGUGUCCUCGUCCCUGCCGGCUUGGGGCGCCACGGGUCUCACCUUCAAGAAGAUGCUGGAGGAGAAUCCAGACCCGAUGGUACAGCAGCUCGCCCUCCGCUACGAGCCAGUGAGCGGCGCCGAAGAGGGGAUCCUGCUGACGGCGCAACGGAAAUACGCCAUGAUGGAGAACCGACAGUUCCUCGAGUACACGAUCGCCACUAACUACACUAACAAAUACGGCGAAGAGACGCUGCACGUGAUGCGGGAGUGCUUCCUUCCCUUCAGGAUCGGGAUGGCCAUGCCCAAGAAGGCGCCAUAUAAACCCAACCUGGACCGAGUGGUGGACCGCGUGGUGGAGGCGGGAUUGGUUCGGAAGUGGUUCAGCGACAUUCUCUUUAGUAGUAGGAAGCGCGGCACGGCAGGCAACGAGGAGAGCCGCGGCGGGGCCCUCACUGUCGAUAACCUGCAGGGUGCGUGGCUGCUGCUGGGCGCCGGCUGGGUCGUGUCGGGGGCAGCCAUUGUGUUGGAGCUGCUAUUCGCUUCCUCAAGACAACAGCCCCGUACUGGUCUACACUCGGCCACGGCAUGAACUCAGAAUCAAAGGAAGACUAUGAAAAAGAAGCAAAAAAAAAAAAAAAAAAAAAACAUCGGCAUCUAAAAUUUGGGUGAACAAAGCUUUUAGUUAUGAGGAAAAAAAAUCUGAAAAGGUUUAGCACACUACCAUGACGCUGUUGAAAUUUGUAAGAGCAUCUAUUUGUUUUGGUGUUAGAUUUAAAAUGAUGAGGUAGAACUGAAAACUAUUGUGUUAGCUGCGACGAAACGUGGUUUGUUUAUUAAUUUCUUAUGUUCAGUCUUUCAAUGGAGCAGAAUUUAUAGUUUUUCUUUUAUUUAUUCAUCUACUUUUUUUCUGA